AAUAGUCUUGAUGAACAGACAUUACUAACGCAUUCUUUUUGUGCGUUUGCUUUUCUCUGCAAAUACUAAUGUUAGUUGGGAUUCUUUAACCUGUUUGUUUGGAGAGUUUGAGUCCUUUCAAGUGUCAACUCUUUCUUUGCCUCUUUCAUCUCCGUUUUCUUUCUUUCUCUCAACCCUUUUUAAACGAAAGAAAAUCCAAUUUUAGAAUUCAACCACUGUAUAUUAUAAGGAAAACAGGGGAGGGGAAAAGAAGGAAUAGACCUCCAUUUGCCUAGAAAAACUAUAGUAAACAAACAUAAUGGCCAAGGAAGUGAUGCCGAAACUGGACAUCACGACGGCGACUAGCGAAGGGGAAAAUAGUGGUGCGAGGUUGGAGAUGUGGAGUGAGGAGUGGAACAAAGGGAAGGGUUUGGCUGUUAGGCUGGAAAAUAAGCUUGCGCCAUGGAAGCAGAUGCAGAGAGUGAUGGAGUUCACCAUCAAUAUGACUCAAGGACUGAUUAGAGUGGGAAACGGGGGUAGCAUAAAAUUCUGGUGGGAUAAUUGGUGUGAAGGAGGUCAAUUGGCGAACAGAUUCCCUAGGCUUUAUUUAUUAUCUGCAGGAAAGGAUUACAAAAUUUCACAGUCGGGAGGGUGGCUCAACGGAACAUGGACAUCAUUUGGAAUGGAGAAGAAGAUUGCAUAGCUAGGAAGAACAAGAAGUAUCAGAGCUCAUGAAAAUGAUCAAAGAUAGUACAAUCACAAGAGGAAAAGAUGAUACAUGGGACUGGAGUCAUAGCAAAGAUGGAGAUUAUUCAUCAAAGUCAGCUUACCAAGCACUUACAAGGGAGCACGGAACGGAACAACAAGAGUUGGCUCUCCACAAAGUCUGGAACACAAUUGUGCCAAACAAAUUUUCAUCAUUCUC